CCCAGGGAACAGAACAGGGACUGGGGACCCAAGGUUCCAGGGGAUGGGGCAGAGUCCGGCUCAGCUAAUAAACAGAUAGGUCAGGGUUCAGGGAAAGGCAAAGGUUGGGAACCAAGGAAUUGGCACUGGGGCCAGGAGGUGAGCUCUGGGCUUGGAGGCACUUCCUCCUGGCCCCCAUGGCCUUCCUCGUGUCUGGAACACUGCGGAUGGCUGCACAGAUAGCAGAUGCUCGAGACAGCCUGGGAAGAAAGGGGAAGUACAACCUGCAGGGUCCAAGGGUGGCCCUGACACUCUGCAGCCCUGAGGUAUCAGCCUCUACAAUUGCUGUCCUGGAGGACGUGUUCCAGACCCUGGGCUUUGAGAGCUGCCAGAGGAGAGAGGCCUCAGUCCAGGACUUCCUAAGGGAGCUGACUGGGUUCCGGGAGCAGCUGGAUGCCCAUGGAGGCCCUAUGGGCUGUGCCCUAGUGGCCUUGGUGGCCCCCUGUGGGCAGCUGAGGCAGCCACAGCAGCUGGUCAGGGAGCUGAGCCGCUGUGGAGCCCUGCAGGGCUGCCCCAAAGUCUUCCUGCUGCUUUCAAGUACUUCUGGGGGUGCCCCCAAGCCCGGAGCUUUCCUCACUAGCCUGGGUGAACUCUGUGGCCGCUGUCCUCACUGGUCCCUGCUGCAGCUGCUGACGGAGGUCUUCUGCAGGACGGCUGAAGAGUCCUCAGGGGCCACCUACUGCCCAGUCCUUCGGAGCUCUUUGCGGGGGGCACUGUGCCUGGGGGAUGUGGAGCCCUGGAGGCCCAAGCCAGAAACCCGCCCCCGUGCUCAGUAUGACCUGUCUGGGACCAGGGCUGCCCUCUUCUUGGCUGUGAUACGGGACCGGCCUGGGGCCCAGCACGACGUGAAGGCCCUGGGGGACCUGUGUGAGGCCCUGUGCUUCGAGACCACCACGAGGACAGACCCUACAGCCCAGGCUUUCCAGGAGGAGCUGGCCCAGUUCCGGGAGCAGCUGGAUACCCAUAGAGGUCCUGUGAGCUGUGCCCUGGUGGCCCUGAUGGCUCAUGGAGGGCCUCGGGGGCAGCUACUGGGAGCUGACGGGCAAGAGGUGCAGCCAGAGGCGUUGGUGCAGGAGCUGAACUGCUGUGGGGCCCUGCGAGGCUGCCCCAAGAUCUUCCUGCUUCAGGCUUGCCGUGGGGGUCACAGGGACGCUGGAACGGGGCCCAAAGCUCGCCCCUGGUUUUGGCGUUGGCUGCAGGCACCACCAGCCAUCCCCUCCCAUGCCGAUAUUCUCCAGAUCGAUGUGGAUCCCCAAGGCAGCUCCUCCAGGGGCUCCACUCCAGGGAACUCUGACAUCCUGACGGUCUACGCAGCCACUGAGGGCUGUAUAGCUUAUCGGGAUGAGAAGAAGGGUUCAGACUUUAUCCAGACGCUGGUGGAAGUCCUUAGAACUGACCCCGGGGGAGACCUCCUGGAGCUGCUGACUGAGGUCAAUCGUCAGGUGUGUGAGCUGGAUGUGCUGGGUCCAGACUGCGAUGAGCGCCGUAAGGCCUGCCUGGAGAUCUGCAGCUCGCUGAGGCGCCGGCUCUGCCUGCAGGUCUGACGUUGCUCACAGAAACACGGUUCGUGCUGACAGUGGGUGGCCACACCCCAGUGCCACCACUGACUCCACCCGCUCCUCAGUUACCUCCCUAAACGGGGCAUCACAGCAGGGCGCUGGGCUCACCUAGCAUGCAAUAAACAUCUGUGGAUGAUCGUU